AUGUGCCUGUGCCCGCCAAGUGCCCGGCAUGUAAUCGCCAAGUGCAAAGUGCCCGCCAAGUGCCUAGUAAAUACCGACCAAGUGCCCGCCAAGUGCCCAGUGCCCGGAAGUGCCCGCCGAGUACCUGCCAAAAAACCGCUAAGUAACCGGCAAGUGCCCGCCAUGUGCCUGUACCCAGUGCCUGGAAGUGCCCAGCAAGUACCCGCCAAGUUCCCGCCAAGUGCCCGGCAUGUAAUUGCCAAGUGCAAAGUGCCCGCCAAGUGCCCGUACCCGCCAAGUGCACGGCAAGAACCCGCCAAGUGCCCGGAAGUGCCCAGCAAGUGCCCGGAAGUGCCCGCUAAGUGCCCAGUGCCCGAAAAAGCCCAGCGAGUGCCCGCCAUGUGCCCAGUAAGUGCCCGGCAAGAACCAGCCAAGUGCCCGGAAGUGCCCAGCAAGUGCCCCAGUGCCCGAAAAAGCCCAGCGAGUGCCCGCCAUGUGCCCAGUAAGUGCCCGGCAAGAACCAGCCAAGUGCCCGGAAGUGCCCAGCAAGUGCCCAGCAUGUGCCCGGAAGUGCCCAGCAAGUGCCCG